CGCUCAACUUAGGAAAUUCCAGAAGCCGAGAAUCACCGGAGAAUCGCCGGAGAACCCUCUCUUCGCUCUCGCUCAAAGGCACGAAUUCCUUCGAAUCUGUGUUUCCUCCGUUCACUGUUUCAAGAAAAUGGCCGGACAAGGAUUGCGUAUCCAUGUGCACAGCCACGAUGACAUCAGAGAGUGCACCACCCCUGCUGAAGUGUGGCGUGCAACAAAGCCAGACAGCAUUGUGGAACUAGUGAUCCCGUACGAUGUAGAUCCAUCUAUGAGGCAGGCGAUUCUUGACAAGAUCGGGGACCACCCACUCGUUUACAUUCGAGAUGGAUCGCCCGGUGAGUUCCCACCUCGUAGGCCUGCACCAGAACCAAGGGCUGAACCGGAACUAAAGGCAAACGUAUGGGCGAAGGUAAUUUCUUUGAUAUUUCUGGUUCUGCUUAUUGGGGUCUCGAACUUCAAUUUCGAGGCCCCAAUAAUAGGUGAGGUCCCUCGUUUCCCUUGUUCUGCUCGCGUGUUGGUUGCUGUGGUUAUGUGUCUCGUUGCAUUGCUUUAGUGAAGAGCAUUGUUCGUUAUGCUGAGGAAUGGUGGGGGGAAAGACGAAACGUGAUGAAAUGCUGUCUAUAUUAACGAGUAACUUGUUGAUUUUACUGAUAAAUGUUGUGUAUAUCGACUAGUAGCGUACUUAUGGAGCUUCUUACUAGUGUCGAUUUUGCUGGUGAAUAUUGUCUAUAUUUCUGUUUGUUAAUGAUUUUGUAUGAGCUAUAUUUCCGAUUUUUGUUUCGCAAAUCCUUGUCUCGGUUGAGAUUUGUGCUUCCUAUGGAGCUUC